UGUAUUUGUUAAAGGCAUUUAAAGGGUUUUGAUAAUAAUGGAUUAAAUGAAAAGUAUAAAUAGACAAAAAUGAAUUUAAACUAUAAAAAGUGACAGUUAUGUACGUUCAAUUAUGUGGUCAUGUUUGUAUACUAGCUAUGUGUAUUAUGAUUUGACUUGAUUGAUACAUUUUGGGUAAAAAUGUGAAUUUCGAAAUUUAGUGGAAGUAGAAGGACUUCACGUAUGUGUUUUCUUAACUUGGAUUACACUCAUUCUGUUAAACAAAAAUGGCAACCAAAUCAGUCGCCCAGGUAUCAGUUAUAGCAGUAUUAAUCAUAUGUGUCGGGUGUUACUUCUUGUACAGUAACGUUUUGUCUUCAGGUGUUUUAUAUUACGGCGGACAAAUGUCAUGUACAAAAGGAGUAGAACAAAAUCAACAUUUACCAGUAAUCUAUGUAAUAACUCCGACAUACAAACGAUUGACUCAAAUUCCUGAACUGACAAGACUCGGGAACACGUUGAGGAACGUACCAGCAGUUCAUUGGAUCGUAGUAGAAGAAGGAAACAGAACCUUAGAGGAAGUAAGACAACUGUUAACGAAGAUAGACAUUCAAUUUACAUACUUAUCUGCCACACCAUAUAAACACGUACCAAACACUCUCAAAGGAAUUCACCAAAGGAAUAAAGCAAUAUUUUGGUUGCGGAACAAUAUCGAUAUGUCUAAAGAUGGAGUGGUUUACUUCGCUGACGAUGAUAACACAUAUGAUUUGGAAAUCUUCACAGAAAUGAGAUACACAAAAAAGAUUUCAGUAUGGCCCGUGGGAUUUGUUUCUAAAAAGAAAUACCAGACACCGAUCCUCGACAAUGGAAAGGUGGUGAAAUUUGAUGCAUGGAAUACGAAACAUCGAAUGUUUCCAAUAGAUAUGGCUGGAUUCGCAUUAAAUACCAAGACGUUUUAUUUCAAUGAUGAUUUGUACUUUCGAAGAACAUUUCAAAAAGGUUACCAGGAGUCAUCAUUUCUAGAAAUUUGUUGCACAUUAAAUGACCUGGAACCAAAGGCCAAUGGAUGCACAAAGGUUCUUGUAUGGCAUACUAAAACGAAGGAUCCAUUAGUUUAUCGUGCAAGUUAUAAUGACACAGAGUCAGAAACUGAAUAAUAAAAGGAGAUCAGGACUUGUUGGGGGUAAUGGGAAUGGUUGUAAUUAAAUAUUGUUAUUGUUUUGA